GCCGCGGAGCGGGGUAGGCCGGGGAGCGGGGCGGCUCUGACUAAACCCUCCCGAACCGCGGCCUCGGGACCCCGCGGUACCCACCCGCCUGCCCCGGGCCGUUCCCGCCGGGUGAGGGCGGUGCGGGGGGUUCCAGCGGAGCUCGGGAGGCUGCUGGCGAGAUGUGGCUCUGCUUUUGCACCGGGGAGAGCGAGAAGAACGUUCAUCGCUGGGUUCGGGGGUGAUGGGCAUCAUCCUUUAUCCUGCUGCGCUCCGGGGAGACCCCCCCUGCAGUCCUGGUCCAGCUCUGGGGCAACAGCACAAGAGGGACGUGGAGCUGCUGGAGCGAGGCCAGAGGAGGCCCCGGAGCUGCUGCGAGGGCUGGAGCAGCUCUGCUCUGGAGCCAGGCUGAGAGAGCUGGGCUGAGGCAGCCUGGAGAAGAGAAGGCUCCUGAAGGGGACACCUUAGAGCAGCUCCACUGCCUAAAGGGGCUCCAGGAAACCUGGAGAGGGGCUUUGGACAAGGGCCUGUAGGGACAGGCCAAGGGGAAUGGCUUUAACCUGCCAGAGGGGAGAUUGAGAUGAGCUCUGAGGCAGAAGUUCUUCCCUGUGAGGGUGCUGAGGCGCUGGCACAGACUUUUCCCAGAGAAGCUGUGGCUGCCCCAUCCCUGGCAGUGUUGAAGGCCAGGUUGGACACAGGGGCUUGGAGCAACCUGCUCUAGUGGAAGGUGUCCCUGCCCGUGGCAGGGGGUUGGAACUGGAUCAGCUUUAAGCUCCCUUCCAACCCAAACCAGUCUGGGAUUCCAUGAUUCUAACACAGCUUUCCAAAGGUUGUCUUGCUCAUACACACCAGCCGGACACUACAGCUGAUACAUCCACCACUGGGCAGCUGAUCGCAUAGGUCAUUGAGCUGCAGUGGGUGUCCUGCGGUCUGUCACACAGCUCUCUGACUACGUGUCAUACAGGCAUACUGAGGAUGUCGAUGGAUAUAACUUUCCUCGGCACUGGCUCAGCGUAUCCCUCUCCAACCAGAGGAGCAUCGGCUCUGGUGCUUCGCAGGGAAGGAGAGUGCUGGCUCUUCGACUGCGGGGAGGGAACUCAAACGCAGUUCAUGAAGAGCCAUCUCAGAGCAGGCAGAAUUACCAAGAUCUUCAUCACUCAUCUUCAUGGUGACCACUUUUUUGGACUUCCUGGCCUGCUGUGUACAAUUAGCCUCCAAAGCAGCCCUGACUCAGACAAACCACCUCUGGAUAUUUAUGGACCAUUAGGGCUGCGAGACUUCAUCUGGAGGAGUAUGGAGCUCUCCCACUCACAACUUCUCUUUCCCUACACUGUUCAUGAACUGGUACCUACGCGGGACCAGUGCCCUGCAGAAGAAUUCAAAGAGUUUUCUUAUGUGGGCAGAGAUGAGAUACCUCCCGAGGGAGCACAAGGGAGAAUACUCCAUCUGGAUCCAGUAGAAGACUCUUACUUGCUGCUUGAGGAUGAGCAGCUGGUUCUGAAAGCAUUUUGCCUAUUUCACCGCAUUCCUUCCUUUGGCUUUGUGGUGCAAGAGAAGCCCCGGACCGGUAAACUCAAUGUACAGAAACUGAAAGACCUUGGAGUUCAACCAGGUCCUUUAUAUGGGAAGCUGAAGAGUGGAAGUGCAGUUGUUCUAGAAAAUGGCCUAACAAUUUCUCCUUCUGAUGUCUUAGAAGACCCUAUUCCUGGAAGAAAAAUUUGCAUUCUGGGGGAUUGUUCAGGGGUAGUUGGAGAUGCGGCCAUGAAGCUUUGCUAUGAAGCAGAUGUGCUGAUACACGAAGCCACGUUGGACGAUACCCAAGAGGAAAAGGCCAGAGAACGUGGUCAUAGCACUCCAAAAAUGGCUUCGGAAUUUGCGAAAUGGUGUAAAGUUAAGAAACUGGUGUUGACUCACUUCAGUCAGCGGUACAAACCGGCUGCACAGAGAGGAGAGGAGGAUGCAGACAUCACCGAACUAAAGAGACAGGCAGAGGCAGUGUUAGAUGGCCAAGAAGUAACACUAGCAGAGGACUUCAUGACAAUAGAAAUUCCAAUGAAAAAGUUAAAAUUAUAGUGUUAGCAAGCUCGGUGUGAAGACAUAAAGUAGGAUGGUGUUGGGUAGCACUAUGGUUCUGGUAUCCAACUGUGGCACACAGAGAACUUGCAAACUGGAGACACUACGGGGUACAGUUGUGUUUCUUUUGUAAAGCAAGAAAAAAGGAUACUCAGAUGUCUGGAACUUGGAAUAAAUUCAUAAUAGAUGGUUUCAGACACCCCAGAAACUGAAUGUGUAGGCUGGUCCUGCCUCCUUUUCUUUGGACCACAGAUUCCUACAGCAGAGCACUGGAUCGUUUGGCUUAAUUCAGCCCUUGGGAAGGUCUGUGUUCUGCAGCAGAAUUUAAGAUACCUUACCUGUUACAAGCUUUUGAGUAACAUCUAUUUCAAACUUGUAUACAGUAUUCUGUAACUGUAACCCUAUUUCUAUAUAAGAGGACUGUCACACUGGAACUAAUAAAGUAUAGCUUCGCCAAA